AUGCUAGACAAAUCGGAUGGCCCAAGAUACUUCUCGGAGCUUUUUACUGGCAUGCGAGGGGUAAGAACAAAUGAUCUAGGGGUAACGGGCCCGGGGUCGGUGGUGUCAAGAAAUCCCGAUGUGUUGUCAUUUAGCAGUGCACACUCGGGCGAGCCGGGAGUGUCCCGUGACGUCACACCACGUGCAGAGUCAGGAGCGGGGUCAACCAAUCAGGGAACAGGGGAUUCCCUGACCUUCCAGGCGGAUGCUAUUAGCGCUCACGUCCGUCAAGUUUUACGGGAGAGAGUAUGGAGAGGGGAGUUUGUGGAGUUGACUACACUGUUGCCAGGCGCACAGUCGCAUGACGACGACGAUGACGAUGCAUUUAAGAUGCAGAUGGAUUCGUCGGGUACUCUGCGAUUCUCGCCGGCCAAGCCGGCUAACGCCAGGGCAUUAAGCAUAGGCCAAUGGACGUCAGCUUUCCACAUAUAUAUGAGCAUUUACGUGGUGAAACAUUUUUGUCAGUCCACUAUACAGGUCAUGUUUGCAUACAUGGAAACAAUCCGUAAUGCCGCAGUCCGCUCCGGGGGUUUUGGCUGGUCAUACUACGACCAGCAAUUCCGACACCGUAUGGCACGAGACCCAAUUCGGGAGUGGGGCAAGAUAGACGGUGAAUUGUGGUUGAAGCACAUGACACCGACGAUGUCCCGUGUUCGAGAAAAUAAGACUGAACGCUUGACAGUGCCUUUCAGCAGGGGCCGUGACUUAACAGUCAACGCAUGCUGGGACUACAACAGGUCAAGGUGCGCCAGGCCAGAAUGCAAGUUUAUUCAUAAAUGCUCCAAUUGUGGCGAACAACAUCCCGCCUAUUCUUGCUUUCGCGCAAAGGGGGGUCGUAGACCCUCCAAACAACUUAACUCCACACAGGCAACCCAUGCUAAAGGCACUGGCCCCAACUCCACUCAUACUCACUAGAUUAAAGCGACAUUUGCUACUGUACAAGCAUUCUAACCAUGCCCAUGC